CUUUUCCAAUUGAGGCACUGCGCAAGCUUCAUAAUAAAUGACUUGAAGAUCCUCCGGUUUGUCUCGUUAGAACAAUUCUCAACGUCUUCACCAUUCAUCUCACUACUUCCUUUUCCUUUCUUCCAUUUUCUCAAUCUAUCCUCUUGUCUCAUUACACCCUAUAGUCUCCUCGACCUUGACCGCUACAUUCACACAUACUCAAGAUGGCAACCCAAAGACUAGGAUCCAUCAUCUCCCACCUCUCCCCCUCCAAGACUGGUGUUGCAGCCAUCACCCAGAAGAACCCCGAUGACAUUGUCAUUACCCUGGCCAUCCGCACCCCACUCACCAAGGGAAAGAAGGGAGGUUUCAAAGACACCGGCCUGGAUUACAUUGUCUAUGCCCUCCUGAAGCAAGUCCUCGAAAAGAGCAAGAUUGACCCUUCCCUGGUCGAGGAUAUCUGCCUCGGAAAUGUCUCCGACGCAAGAGCUGCCUACAAAGUCCGAGCCGCCAUGUUGGCCGCUGGAUUCCCCCACACUGCCGCCGCCAGCAGCGUCAACCGAUUCUGCUCCUCCGGUCUGAAGGCCGUCCAAGACAUUGCCAACCAGAUCUCUAACGGUAGCAUCGACAUUGGUGUCGCCCUUGGUGGUGAGAGCAUGUCCAUGAGCCGUGAUGUACUGGAACCUUUUGCCCCCGAGAUCCUUGCCAACCAAGAGGCCGCCGAUUGCCUGCAACCCAUGAUCCAGACCUCGGAGAACGUUGGCAACGACUUCAACAUCUCCAGAAGAAUGCAAGAUGAAUAUGCCAACGAGAGUUUCCGACGCGCCGAGGUCGCUCAAAAGGCUGGAUGGUUCGACGACGAAAUUGUCCCCAUCACCACAAAGGUCAAGGACCCUAAGACCGGUGAAGAGAAGCUCGUCACCCUCACCAAGGACGAGGGUCCACGAUAUGGCACCACCGUCGAAUCUCUCGGCAAGAUCCGACCUGCCAUGCCCCAAUUCGGUGACAAGACCACCGGUGGCAAUGCCAGUCAAGUGACUGACGGAGCCGCUGGUAUCCUCCUGAUGAAGCGAUCCAAGGCCAUUGAACUCGGCCAGCCCAUCUUGGCCAAAUUUGUCGGCGCCACCGUUGCUGGUGUGCCCCCAAGGAUCAUGGGCAUUGGCCCAUCCGCCGCCAUCCCCAAGCUCCUCCAGAAAUUCCAACUCACCAAGGAAGACAUUGACAUCUUCGAGAUCAACGAGGCCUUUGCCUCCAUGGCCGUCUACUGCGUGAACGUCUUGGGUCUCGACCACGCCAAGGUCAACCCUCGUGGUGGUGCCAUCGCUCUCGGCCACCCUCUCGGUGCCACUGGUGCCCGACAGAUUUGCACAAUUCUGAGUGAGGCUCGGAGGACCAAGUCUAAGAUUUUGGUUACCUCCAUGUGUAUCGGUACUGGUCAAGGUAUGGCUGGCCUGUUUGUCAAUGAGCAGUAGUUUGGGUUAGCUGGCUUGACUUGUUGCGCUGGUGGGUCGCGACGAUCCGGCGCGACGAGAAUUUGUUUCAAAAAGCAUCUAUCUACUAGGUAGUCUGUCACGAUUCACGAAAUCGUUGUGCAUAUUGUGUUGAGUUGGGUCCUUGGGCUCCACGUGUCCACUAGCAUGUUGUAGACAUGUGGAAUUACAUGAUAUUUAUUCUUGCAUAUCAGAUCCAAGGAAUCAAUCUCUGAUUCCAAAUCUCACAACCUUUUAGAUCUACAGUGCGUGCACGUGUUGUGUACACGUAGGUAGACUCAAGAUCGCAGGUCAAGGAGACCUUCCGCAGAACUACUUAAACCCUAGCCACAUCAUUUACAGCCAGUGGGCAUGUAGAUCUGACGAGUGGAAUGUCCAAAGUCGUC